CCCCAGGUGCAAGGGUACUGUAUCCGCAGCCACGGAGUGGAAAGGAGCCCGGGGCGGGAAGCGCCGGACGAGCUCACUGCGAGGCAGCCGUAGGGGAAGCAAGUUCCAGAUCCGUCUCCCUUACUAAGUGAAGGUUUCCGCCCCUAGAGAGGAGGCGGUGCCCGGGACCGGACUUCAUCCGCCGCUGAAGUGCGAGCGUCUGGGCCCUCCAUUGUUGCCAGGGGUAGGGGUGGGCGUGGCGGAGCCACCUCCUCCGGGAGUAGUCCGUGGCCAAACUCGUUCGCUCAUCCUGCAAAAACUACGACUCCAACAUGAGCGGAGAGAACCCAGCCAGCAAGCCCACGCCGGUGCAGGACGUUCAGGGCGACGGACGCUGGAUGUCCCUGCACCAUCGGUUCGUGGCUGACAGCAAAGAUAAAGAACCCGAGGUCGUCUUCAUCGGGGACUCUUUGGUCCAGCUAAUGCACCAGUGCGAGAUCUGGCGGGAGCUCUUCUCUCCUCUGCAUGCACUUAACUUUGGCAUUGGGGGUGAUGGCACGCAGCAUGUGCUGUGGCGGCUGGAGAAUGGGGAGCUGGAACACAUCCGGCCUAAGAUCGUGGUGGUCUGGGUGGGUACCAACAACCAUGGACACACAGCAGAGCAGGUGGCUGGCGGCAUCAAGGCCAUCGUGCAGCUGGUGAACCAGCGGCAGCCCCAGGCCCGUGUCGUGGUGCUGGGCCUGCUUCCGAGGGGCCAGCACCCUAACCCACUUCGUGAGAAAAACCAACAGGUGAACGAGCUGGUACGGGCAACGUUGGCUGGCCAUCCACGGGCCCACUUCCUGGAUGCUGACCCUGGGUUUGUGCACUCAGAUGGUACCAUAAGCCACCAUGACAUGUAUGAUUACCUGCACCUGAGCCGCCUGGGCUAUACACCUGUCUGCCGGACCCUGCACUCUCUGCUUCUGCGCCUGCUAGCCCAAGACCAGGGCCAGGGUGUCUCUCUGCCAGAGCCCACACUCUAAGCAUCCACUUUUCUACAACAUUAAAUUCUUGUCCUUGAGUCUC